AUGGAACAAGUCGUCCUCGAGUUUUAUGUUGCUGUCUCGCCCGGCCUCUCUUCUCACGCUCACGCUCUCACUCAAAUGCGGACGGCCCUCUCGCCGACCCUGACACCCUCAAGAUGGUUUCGAGCUAGCUUACGCAGUUUCAACGUCCCUCUCUGGCAUAGUUCCCCAUCAUCGGCCGCUCGUUGCGGACCAUGUCACGCCCACGCCUCGCCUGCAUGUAGGCGUGCAAUAUCUAGAUCCUUAGCAACAGCAGCAAGACCGUCCACCUCGUCCCCCUCGCUCUCGCUAUCCCCGGAUGCUUCCGAUCCUUCGUACGCUCCCUCCUGGAAGCUCACGGACCUAUCGCGCAUCUCGCAAGGGCCGUCUCCCUUGAUAUUCCACCUCCAGUCGGAAAACCCAUACCACAACCUCUCGCUGGAGCAUUACUUGCUGACGCACUCGCAUCCCGAGUCGCGGAUCUUGCUGUUCUACACGAAUCGGCCGUGUGUGGUCAUCGGGCGCAAUCAGAAUCCAUGGCUGGAAACGGAUCUGAAUAGGCUCAAGGAGGGUCUUGUGCCGGAAGAAGCGCUGAGACAGGAUCAAGAGGAAACACCGGGACUUCAAAAACAGCAACAGCAGCAGCAACAGCAGCAGCAACAGCAGCAGCAACAGCAGCAGCAGGAGCAGGAUAGGCCGACUACAACGAACGCCUUACGGUCUCGGCUUGACGAGCCUCAUCCCCCAGUACCGAUCGACCUAGUCCGUCGUCGCAGCGGGGGUGGAGCGGUGUUCCACGACUCCGGCAACCUGAACUACUCGGUGAUCGUGCCCAACUCGAAAUCGUUCAAGCGAAGCACUCACGCCGAGAUGGUCGUGCGGGCUCUCAUGUCGUCGGAGCUCAAGGGCAAACUCGGCUCCAUGUUUCCAGAAUACAAAGGGCUCGAGGUCCAGGUCAACAACCGCAAUGAUAUUGUCAUGCGCCGCGGACCUGACGUCGCGGAGGACAGUCACUGGUAUAAAGUCAGCGGGAGUGCAUACAAGCUUACGCGCGGCCGGGCGUUGCAUCACGGCACACUGCUCUAUUCGAGCCCCUAUAUCCACCGGAUAUCGGAGCUGCUACGCAGUCCAGGACGCGACUUCAUCCACGCCAAAGGCGUCGAAAGCGUUCGGAGUAAAGUCGCGAACCUGGUGUGGGCCCCCGACGUCCACCAACGAUCUGAAGUGAGCAGAUACAUCACUGAAGCCAUCGUCCGCGAGUUCUGGGAUAUAUAUGGAGCCGACCAACCUCGUAGUCCCGGCGUGAAUGAAAUCACGCUCGACGACGCAGAAUGUGCCGAUCCGCAGAAUCCCCAGGUCGCUGCGGGAGUGGCGGAGCUUUUAUCAGACUCCUGGCGCUUUGGACAGACGCCGCGCUUCGACUUUGACACUGGCGUUCUGGACGGGCUGAGCGUCGCCUUCCAGGCCAAUCAUGGCGUCUUGGAACUGCUGACGCUCAAGGACUCGGACGGCGCAACCGUGUUGCAGAAACAGAAGCAAAAAAGGGAUUUCGGGCACCGGGAUGUCAACUUGCACGAAGUUCAGAGUUGGAGGGAUCUGCUUGUGCGGGGACAAGGAGACAGCCAGGUGGAUGACUGUACGCCGUCCGUGUCAUCUAAGGACAUAUCUAUCCCUGACGCGCUGGUCAGAAGGGUGGAGGCUAUGUUUCCGAGAUGGCGCACAUAG